AAUCAUCAAGAAAAUGAAUAUGGAAAAUCAUCUCGUUUUUUAAAGUCACCUAAUACCCUUUUGAAAUAAAGGUGUAAUGUGCAUUAUUGAACUUCACUUGGCAAUUCAAACUUUUAGUUACAACUAUAUUCAUAAAUCUAUCAAAUUACCUAUAAAUUUUCACUCUUCAUUCCCCACCAUAUUCCUCAUUCAUAUAAACCAUGUUUCUCAAAAUGUUAGUUAUGUUGGUUAUUUUCAUCUUCUACUCUACCAUCAACCAACUUAUAUUGGUUUCAGGUUCGGACCCCGAUCCACUUCAAGACUAUUGUUUACCCUCACAUCAUACCCACCAAUGCAAAAACUCAUCUUCCAUCACCGUCGAUGAUUUUGUAUUUUCGGGCAUAAAACACCCUGGAAAAUUCACAAACAAAUUCUCCGGGGUGCCUGUCUCUGCCACGGUCUUCCCGGCACUUAACACGCUAGGAAUGUCACUCGUUAGAGCUGACUUUGAAGUCGGUGGUAUUAACGUUCCACAUUAUCAUCCUAGAGCCACAGAAAUUGCGUACGUGCUUGAAGGCAAGGUAUAUUCUGGAUUUGUGGACACGGGGAAUAAAGUUUUCGCGAAAGUGAUAGAAAAAGGAGAAGUAAUGGUUUUCCCUAGGGGAGUAUUGCAUUUUCAAAUGAACAUAGGGAAUUCUCCAGCCACCAUCCUUGGGAGCUUUGAUAGCCAGAAUCCGGGGUCGGUGAAGCUCCCAACAGCCUUGUUUGGAUCAGGCAUUGAUUCGGAAUUGCUAGAAAAGGCUUUUGGAUUGAAAAAUAAAGAUAUUUCAAAGUUGAAAAAGAGAUUUGGCAUUCAUGAGAAAGAAUAGGCAGGUAUGAGUUUGAGUAAGAUAUAUAUAUACAUAUCCUAUUCAUUACAAUUCUUUUCUUCAUAGAUUGAAUAAUAAUAAUAGAGUGAAAAGUUCUUGAUGUAUUCUAAUAUAUAAAU